AAAUUGGGAGAGGCAUUUAAAUGGCGUCAUUUCUGGCCUUGGGUUGCUCAUUUGUCCUCCCGCCAUUCGGACUUUCGAACUCUCCUUCACUGCAUUUCCCCAUCUCCUCUCUCACUCCCUCUACUUUCUCUCCAAUCUUGACACCAUGAGUUCCAAAUCAGGUGGAAAGGCCAUUGAUUUGUGGGCGGAGUUAAUAGCUAGCGAGGGAAGCGAUCGCCAAGAAGAAGCGCGAGUAGAAGAGGUUUAUAGACGAAGAAAGCCAACCCAGAAGACCGUUCAUGCCGUUCCCCCGAAGCCGAACUUGGGUUCGAAUCGUUGCAAUGUGAACAGGGUCAGUUUAGCUGCUGUUGACAGUAAGAGAAUUAGUUGGAACCGUGCCCUUUCCGUCAGAGGGAGGGCGAGUAUUGCAAUUGAGGCUUGUAUAGAUCAUCAUCUUCAACAGAAGCAGGCAAAGAGAAAAGGAAAACCUGCUCUACCCAAAGGAAAGUGUGUACCACCUACAAACUUUGACAAGGAGCGUGCAUACUUUCAAGAGGUAGAUGCUUUUGAGUUGUUGGAGGAGAGCCCUUCCCCCAAGAGCUUCAGUACGUGGACAAGCAGUCAGUUUGGUAGUGCUACAAUACCAUCUCUAUGCUCUAGAAUAGAAAAAUGGUUAAUUGCCAAGAAAUCAAAUUACAGUCUUGCACCUUCUAGCACGUUAUCAAAGAUAUUAGAAACUCCAGUGGGGACCUUUGAGCCAAUUGGUGGAAAUCAUUUGGACCAAUUCAAUUUGAAAACUCCUGAGAAGUCUGCUAGAGAGAUAGAUGUGCACUUGUGCUCUAUUCAGAGAAGAUUUGUUUCCAGCAUAAAUGAUAUCGAUGCCCUUGAAAUCGAUGGCAAUGGAAGCAACAGAAUUAACAGAGCAGAAGAUGUGAGAACUGAGGAUCGUGAAGACAUUGAAGUUGCUGUGAAGAAACUUUCUUUAACAUCAACAUCUACUUCUUUCCAUAAACAUAAUUUGGAUCCACUUGGUGCAUUAUUAGCAGUUUGUGGACAGUCAGCUCCUUCCACGCUUAAAGAUGCAUUUUCUAAUUAUUGUGAUCCGGAAACUAUUGUCAAAGUUGGUGAAGGUACGUAUGGAGAAGCUUUCAAAGCUGGUAACACCGUUUGCAAGAUAGUUCCAAUAGACGGAGAUUUACAGGUUAAUGGAGAAAUACAGAAGAGAUCAGGAGAAUUGCUGGAGGAAGUCAUACUUUCCAGAACUUUGAACACUUUAAGAAGUAAUGAGGGUGGUGCUGAUAACUUUUGCACAACAUUCAUACGAACCAUAGAUUUAAGGGUAUGUCAAGGUUCUUAUGAUGCUGUACUAAUCAAGGCAUGGGAAGAUUGGGAUGAAAAGCAUGGUUCAGAAAAUGAUCACCCUAAGGAGUUUCCAGAGAAACAGUUUUAUGUUGUGUUUGUUCUCCAACAUGGGGGAAAAGAUCUUGAAAGCUUUGUACUCCUGAAUUAUGACGAGGCCCAGAGCUUAUUAGUACAGGUUACUGCAGCUCUGGCUGUAGCUGAAGCUGCUUAUGAAUUUGAACACCGAGAUCUGCAUUGGUCGGGUUCUUCGUCCUUCUACAGUUAUUUUGAUCUUUUUUUUUCUUUUUCAUUGACUACUGAUUUGGAUCGUGUAUUUAUUGCUAGGGGAAAUGUACUUUUAAGUCGGAAUGAUUCUGAAGCGCUGCAGUUCACCCUUGAGGGUAAGAACAUGACCGUACAAACAUUUGGACUUCAGAUUUCGAUAAUUGACUUUACUCUAUCGCGAAUCAAUACUGGUGAAGACAUACUCUUUUUAGAUCUCUCUUCGGACCCUUAUCUCUUUAAGGGUCCAAGAGGAGAUAGACAAUCAGAAACAUAUAGGAAAAUGAAGGAGGUGACCGGAGACUGCUGGGAGGGGAGCUUUCCUAGAACGAACGUCCUGUGGUUACUCUACCUUGUGGAUAUAUUACUUCUGAAGAAAUCAUUCGAGCGUAAUUCAAAGCAUGAAAGGGAACUGCGUGCAUUCAAGAAACGUCUAGACAAAUAUAAUUCAGCAAAAGAAGCUGUUUAUGAUCCAUUUUUCAGUGAGUUGAUUGUUUGGUCAAGCAGUGUGGACUAGAGCUGGAUGAUAUGGACUUUCCAACAUGAAGUAGAAUGAAGUCCUGAAAUGCCAAUGCUAUUUAAAUUAUGUACUGAUGUCUUUUGCAUCAAUAUUUUGUAGGAUAUUGCUUCCUGCCGGUCGCCCGGUGGAUGUAAAUUAAUCAUAGUAUUUAUAACGUUUAAAAAUAUAUAGACCAAAUUUACAGAAAUGUUGGGUAUAGUGGCAAAAGGAAUUUUUAAUAACCUCUCUUUUACUUCAGAAUUUUAUGAUAUCUUGUU